AUGAAUAAUCGUAUAAAUCGAGAUGCAGGAUAUGUUCUUGUACAAGAUAAAAAACAGAGUAAGGGAACACAAUAUUAUUAUGAUAGUGAUGAUGAUGAUGAUAAUGAUUCACAAAUGGCAACAGUUACACGAAGAGUUAUUCGAACGAAACCAACUAAAGAACAACGUAUUAAAUAUAUUUCAACAGAUGAUCUUCAAUAUGAUCAUCGGCGACAGAGUAUAGUUGAACCAAAUAGUCGUAAACUUAAAAUGCGUCGUACAAGUAAUGGUGAUCCAGUUGUGCUUGAUGAAGAUGAUAAUGUUAUUAAAAUUAUUCGAAAUGCACGAUCACCAACACCACCACCAGUGAUUAAAAAUCGAUCGGUUAAAAUUCGUCCUCGUCAACCUCAAACACUUUAUUAUGAAACUUCAGAUGGUCAAUUCGUAACACAACCCCCAAAAAAUCAUACUAUCAUAAAACCAAGAACGGAAUUAACUUAUAGGGAUGAUGAACCAACAAAAUUAUUACGAAAAUUAAUCAUUGAUCCUAGAACAGGUGAUCAAGAAACUAUUUAUGAAAAUAAACCUCAAAAACAGCAUCGAAAAAAAUAUAUUGUUCGAAAACAAAUUAAUGAAUCACCACUUGAUUCCGAUGAUGAAGAUGGUCAACAAAUACAACCACAGUAUGUUCAAGUAGUACAACGACAACCAUUACCAAUACAAACAAUAAUAAAACAAGAAAAGCCAACAUCAAAAUAUGUAAUGAUUAGAAAAAAAGUUGAUUCAGAACCAGAUUAUGGAUUAUCAUCAUCAUCUAUUCCGACACUUAAGAAUAAUCAACGUAUUGUUUAUGAAACCCCAACAAAAAAACCAUCAGCUACAUAUGUCUAUUCAACAAGUGGAAAAUAUUACAAAUAA